AUAAACUGCAAACUGUUAAAAUCUCUUCAGAUUUCAUUCAUAAAAAAAAAUAUCUUGAGCAACCGUCCGUCGGUGGAGUGUGGUAUAAUAAUAAUAUUAUAUAGGCGGUUUGUACGUGUGACCCCUACUGUUGCAAGAGCAUAAUUGAAGUCCCUUGUUAAUGGAACCAAAAGCGCGUGAUGAAAAUCUCCCUGUAUCGAAUGGCAAGGGGAACCGAAAGAGCGUCGAGAAAGAUGGAUAGGUUCACUUUAGGGGAGCUGCAGCCGUCGCGAACGGCUUUCGUUGUGCGCUACGUUUCUCGCGAGCAGCAGUAUGCGAAUCGGAGGCAUGUCUCUAAGCGGACAAUGAAGCAGAUCUCGCUCGUUACAUUGUUUGUUUUCACUUUCUGCCUACUAAGCGUUACAGAGUCUCUCGCUGAUAAGGUCAGUAGCCAGAUUAUAAAUUCGGACGAGGAAGAUGUGACCCAAGAAGCCGAUGAACCGCGCAUCUACAAAAACCCAAGGAACUCGCCAUCGUCACUAUGUCCCCGAGAUGAGGAGCAGGCUGAGCUCUAUAACCAGAAAUGCCUGCGGAAAUGUUCGUCGGAUGAAGACUGCAAGAGCAAAAAGAAGAAAUGCCUGUGCGAUGGCGCUUGCGGCAUGUCCUGCAUCAAGCCGGACAGGGAGUGCGACGAGGUGGGACCGCCGUCUAUGGGCUUUGUCAGAAUAACAGGACGUCUGUUUGGCGAACGGGCAAUCUACACUUGCCAGGACGAGUGGAACUUGGUCGGGCUGCAGGAGCGAACAUGCCAAGCAGACGGACAAUGGUCAGGGGAGGCCCCCAUUUGUAGCAAGGAGACUGUGUUUUGUGGUGAGGCGCCUAGAAUUGAAUUUGCCAGACACACGGCUCCAGUAGACCAACUGUCCUUUGCUGUGGACACUACCCUGCAGUACCAUUGCCAACCUGGUUAUGCGACCACUGGAUUUCCGCACGCCAAGUGUUUAAACCUGGACAGAAACGCCACCUGGUUUGGACCGGACAUCACAUGCGAUCCAAGAACGUGUGGCCCACCUUUAGGAACUGAAAAUGGGUGGAUUGAGGGCGAUUGUUAUACAUACAGCUGCAGAAUAUCCUACCACUGUGCUGUUGGGUACGAGCUGCAAGGUGGUCGACCUGAAAGAGUGUGUCAGAAUGACGGGAGUUGGUACCCAAAAGAGGUGCCGAUGUGUGUUCGUACCCCAUGUUUUUCUUGUUCACCAGCGGUGCAAUGUCCGACGCCCGAAAACCCCACCAAUGGCAAGGCAAUUUACACUUCUUGCGCCUACAACUCAGUGGUCAGCUAUGAGUGCAAACAGGGGUUCCGCUUGAUCGGUGACUCGACCAGACGUUGCGGCCCCGACCGCCAGUGGUCUGGAGAGCCGCCGGCCUGCAAACAGGUGCAGAUAUGCAAACCAGAAGAUAUCGAUAAGACCAAGUGCCUGCCUCCGGCUAAAACUGUCAAAUGCACCUCUGGAUCGUGCCUGACAGAGGUGAACUGCGGACACCCUGGUCACCUGUACAAUGGUUGGUUGGAGGGCAUCGAGGGAGGCACGUUGUUAGGAGCGUCUAUUAUAUUCCGGUGCAGAGAGGGUAUGGUUCUCGAAGGAAACUCGUCAACAGUAUGUCAGAUGGACGGAACCUGGCGCUACCCCCUGCCCAAAUGCCUAGGACCCUGUGUUAUUCCAAACGUGCAUAAGGGUCGAGUUAUUCGGAACAUCACGCAGGGGCCAGUUGUGCCACACGGCUAUCGUCUAGAGGUGGAAUGUGAGCCUCAUCAUGAAUUUGUGCCCUACACCUCAAUGGUGACUUGCAACAAUGGCACUUGGACGCACAUUCCCAGGUGUGAGCCAGCACGGUGCAAGCAACUGCCCAAAGCGCCAAGGAACGGAAUGGUGAUUGCGCCCAAAACGGAUCACAACAUGAAGGCGCGCUACAAGUGCAAAGACGGAUUCUCGUUGAAGGGCAACAGUUUAUCUCUCUGCAAUUAUGGAAAUUGGACUGGUGACGCUCCAGUUUGCAUGGAAGUGUACUGCCCAUUCCCUGGUUACAUCGAAAAUGGCAAGGUGAUGCUGGUCGGCAAUAUGGGCCUUUAUGAUUACAGACCCUAUGUCAGAAAAGUUACCAACAACAAGCAGAUCAUGUACGAUUGUGACCGAGGCUAUGUUUUGGCAGACGGUCCACCUGGUGCCACUUGCAUCGGAGGUCACUGGAGUCCGAAAGAACUUCCGAGGUGUGUUCCUGGGCAGCACCCUAGGCUGCGGUGGAACAGAGAGGUUCGGAAGGAGAGUGCUGAAGAAGUUGAGCGCCAGUUGAAGGAAAACAACACUCACUCUGACUACUUAAUAGACUACCAGUAUGACGACUACCAUGCAGCUGUUUCCCAACAAGGCAUUCCUGAGUUCACUGACUACGGGCCCAAUGAUUGGAGAAACUUGAUGCAAGGAGCCCAGGCGCAUUCAAAAGCCGUGGCAACCAAAACGGUCACCUCAAUUGAUAAACAAAGAAAGCGUAAUAGGAACAAGAGCGGCGGCACUGGCCGGCAGAACAAGAACAGGAAGAACAUUGAGAAGGGGCAGAAAGCCACUUGCGAGUCAUUACCAGUGGAGUCGUACAUUGAAAUCCAGGUCAUCAAACCCGGUCAAGAUACAAACGUUACCAACAGCUUGGGUACAGUGGUGCGGUUGGAAUGUACAGGAGGUUUUAGCCCGACUCUAGGAAACCGAACAGCGCGCUGCGUCAAAGGAAAUUGGAAACCUCUUAAACCAGACUGUGUCAUAAUGAAUUGCCAUGUGCCUGCUGUCAACUCUGGGCGCUACACACUGAACGGGAACAUAGUCCUUGCCGAUGCUGAAAUUAAAACCAACCAGUCCAUAAUUUUAGGCUGCAACCGAGGCUAUAACAUUCAAGGAACCUCAACUCUCCACUGCGAGCACGGAAAUUGGACCAAUAGCAACUUUCCUAGUUGCCAUCCCUCUCCUUGUCGACUGCCGCACUUUAAAAAUGGUCAAUAUUUAUCGGGGUACAGAGGAGGCCUGACCAUCGCCCACGGCGCCAAAAUUCACUACCAGUGUGAACCGGACUACACCCGAAGUCCUCAGUCUUCCAUCGAGUGUUCUAACGGAGAACUCCUACCAGCGCCACCGUCUUGUCGACUCAAAGGGUCCGUCGGCAGUUUCUCCUCUGCCGGGGCAGGCAUUACAAGGACCUCGGGAGACUUGGCAGCUCUGGGAGCAGGAUUAGGUGCUGACAAAUUCAGUGGUAACACACCAAGCGUCACUCGAUCAAAGGGCCAACCUUGUGGUCCUCCUGCCAGGGUGCAAGGCUCUCUGCUUUACAGAGACGGGUCACCAAUUGCAGAGGGAGACAAGAGCUUCCCUGGCGGCUCAGAGGUCACCUUCGACUGCAUCGCUUCCAUCAUGGGUGAAAAGACAACAUGGAAAAUCGUGUGUGAGGAUGGCAGUUGGGUUGGACGAUCUUUGAACUGCGCCUCGCCUGAAGAGCUGAUCGAGGAAGAAAAUUUGCAAAACCAUUCUUGCGUAUUCCGCAAUACGGAGCCUAACUUGAUUUACUUCUUCAACGACCAAGUAAUUUCUGAUGAGGUUGUAGAAUUUCCACCAGGUUCAGAACUGGUUGCUAGAUGCAAUGAUAUCGGAAAGUACUCAAUGGUUGGUUCAAAGUUAAGGAAGUGUGAGAAUGGAGAGUGGGACGGCCAAAAGCCAGUUUGCUUUGGACUCAAUCAAGAAAAUGAAUAUGCAUUGGAAAAGCCACCAACUAUAUUAUUCCGACACCAACUCGGACCGAUCGCUCAAAGCAAUGAUGGAAAACUCAUCGUCUAUCCUGGAACAAUUUUGCACAUGGAGUGCUUGUGGAUCAGGCGUUUUGGAACACCCAAGUGGACUGUCAGUCACAAUUACAGAAAAUAUCCAGAGGGAUGGACCGAGGACACUGGGCGAGACUCACAACUUGAGUAUCGUUUGAGCAUUUUGCAUGCGACCAAAGAUGACUCGGGUGUCUUCACCUGUAUGACGCCAACUCGGCACACCCAUGCUGUAGAAAUUGUUGUAAACCGCGUGCACUGCCCAAUGCUGGCUCCUCGACCAGGAAUGACCAUCUCCUCGCAGAACACCAGAAUGAAUUCAAGGGUGCUGUUUACCUGUCUGAAUGGAAGUGUCCUCAUUGGCCAUGAAGAAAUCACCUGUCUGCCAUCAGGAAAUUGGAGUGCGCCUGUGCCUGUGUGUGAAAGCAUUGAAUGCGGAGACAUUUCCACUGCCAACGACCCUAACCUUCGAGUCACAAUCUUGAGCAGGGAAGUAGGAGGAAAGGCGGUUUUCAGCUGCGCUCAGGGCUUUGGAAUCACCGGUGGCCAAGAGUCGAAGUGUCUGUCAACUGGAGAAUGGUCCGGUCCUCUACCAGAAUGCAGUGAGGUGCAAUGCGAACCUCCUGAAACUCCGGAGAACGGCUAUAUUCAGGGUCACGGUGUAUACAAAGCUGGAGAUUUGAUCCAGUUUAAUUGUAACCCCGAAUUUAUGAUGGAGGGCCAACCUAUAAUAGCGUGCCAAGAAACCGGCAGGUGGUCGGGCACAGUCCCAAAAUGCGUGCAAGCAUGCUCAUAUCCAGGAACAGCAAUCAACGGUAGGAUGUCAUCAGUCAAAUUCUUUUACAAAAUUGGAGAGACUAUCACGUUCACUUGCGAGGACAACAUGGAGCUCAAGGGCGCGCCCAUGUUGAGAUGUUUGAGAAAUGGAAAGUGGUCGUCAUCAAUUCCAACAUGCUCAUCAAGAUCUGGCCAUUGAUAAAAAUAAUAAAUUUAUAUCAUAGA